UUGUUUUCAGAAGAUUACAAUCAUAGAGUGAGUUAACCCAAACGCUUCAAACAAUCAUGCCUCACACUGCUGCGGAGGCUCAGCAGCUAGACCUCGAGGAUUCCAGUCGAACCGAGAGAGUGCAGUGGCUGAUUAAUUCACCUGAGCCUCCUAGUUUAUGGCAGGAACUAGUUGGUACAGUCAAAGGAAGUUUGUUAACUCCUGGAAAAAAGAAUUCCUCAUCCAACGCCAAGGGGAAACAUGCCAUGUCCUUCCUCCGAGGUCUGUUUCCGAUCCUCAGCUGGGGAAGGAAUUACAAGGCUUCAUUUUUUAAACAUGAUUUAAUGGCGGGUUUAACACUCGCAAGUCUUAGCAUUCCUCAGAGUAUUGGAUAUGCUAAUUUAGCGAAACUUGAUCCUCAAUACGGUCUAUACACAAGCGUCGUCCCACCUCUUAUAUAUGCGGUAAUGGGGAGUUCAAGAGAGAUAGCUAUCGGACCGGUAGCCGUGGUUUCAAUGCUGCUAUCUUCCAUGAUUCCAGGCCUGGUGGAUCCUGCAACUGACCCCAUUGGGUACACAAGUCUAGUGUUCACCGUGACAUUCUUUGCUGGAACUUUCCAAGCCAUAUUUGGAUUGUUUAGACUGGGGUUCCUGGUGGAUUUUCUUUCACAUGCUGCAGUGGUUGGAUUCAUGGCGGGUGCAGCCAUUGUGAUAGGGCUUCAGCAACUGAAGGGACUAUUUGGACUGAGUCACUUCACCACUAAAACCGAUGUAGUGUCAGUUUUGACCUCGGUUUCCAAAUCAGUUAAACAUGAAUGGUAUCCUCUAAAUUUCGUCCUCGGUUUAUCCUUCCUGGUAUUCCUCCUUGUCGCCAGGUUUAUCGGAAAAAGAAACAAAAAGCUCUUCUGGUUCCCAGCAAUAGCUCCUCUAUUGUCAGUCAUAUUAUCCACCCUGAUUGUAUAUUUAACCAGGGCUGACAAUCAUGGGGUGAAGAUAGUAAAACACUUAAAAGGAGGCCUCAAUCCAAGCUCAGUCCAUCGUUUACAAUUUAAUGGCACACAUGUUGCAGAAGCAGCCAAAAUCGGGUUGAUUUCUGCCAUUGUUGCUCUCACUGAAGCCAUCGCAGUUGGCCGAUCAUUUGCUUCAAUUAAUGGAUACCAUUUAGACGGUAACAAGGAAAUGUUGGCAAUGGGGUUCAUGAACCUUGCAGGAUCUCUAACUUCUUGCUACGUAGCCACUGGUUCAUUUUCCAGGACUGCAGUGAACUUUAGCGCAGGCUGCAAGACUGUCGUGUCAAAUAUAGUGAUGGCGAUUACAGUGAUAUUGGCAUUGGAGUUGUUUACCAGGCUACUGUAUUACACCCCUGUCGCCAUCCUUGCUUCCAUCAUCAUGUCUGCACUUCCUGGACUUAUUGACAUUAAUGAAGCUUACCGUAUCUGGAAGGUUGACAAACUAGAUUUCCUAGCUUGCCUCGGUGCCUUUCUUGGAGUCUUGUUCAAAUCAGUGGAGAUCGGUCUUCUAGUAGCGGUAGCUAUUUCAUUUGCCAAGGUGUUGCUGAAUUCCAUCCGACCAGCCGUUGAACAACUAGGAAGACUUCCAAGAACAGACAUCUUUUGUGAGGUGGAUCAAUAUCCCAUGGCUGUUAAAACACCAGGACUAUUCACACUUCGCAUAAACUCGAGCUUACUUUGCUUUGCCAAUGCCAAUUUCCUGAGAGAAAGAAUACUAAAGCUCCUUACACAAGAUGAGAAUGGAACAGAAGAAACUGCAAAAGACAGAGUUCAAAUCUUAAUCCUCGACAUGACCAAUGUGAUGAACAUUGACACUUCCGGAAUUCUGGCGCUAGAAGAACUGCACACCGAGCUGGUUUCACUAGGCAUGAAAUUGGUAAUGGUGAAUCUCAGGUGGCAAGUGAUCCACAAGCUAAAGCUGUCAAAACUUGUGGAGAAAAUUGGAGCUGAUGGGAUUUUCCUCACGGUUGCUGAAGCUGUGGAUGCAUGCCUUGCUUCUAAAUUAGCAAUCAACAGCUUGUAAUUAAUGGCUUCAUACUGUACAAUACCAGUUCUUGAUUAACUACUACUUAAUCAAGAACUUCAAGCAAGUUGAAUAAAAGUCGGCCAACUUGUCCUAAUAAUUGACUACUUUAGUGUGUAUUGGUUUGAAAAGGAAACUUAGAGGCUGUUUUAAAUCUGUCUCUUUACCAUUCCAGUUAAUUACAGUCAAUCACAGUUUCAUGGCUGAAAAA